AUGCGCUACUCGACCGCCUUCUCCGCCGCCAUUCUGGCUGGCUCUGCGCUCGCCGCUCCCUCCUACGGUGGUUACGGCAGCCAGCACAAGCACGUCAAGAACGUCCACGUCGUCGUUGAGACUGUCGUAAAGACUGUCUACGUCACCGAGGGCUACGAGAUCCCCAAGCCUACCAGCUCUUCCGUCAGCGCUGCGUACGAGGCCCCGGCCAAGAACACCAUGCCCGCCUACGCUCCCGUCAAGCCCACCAGCACUGCCGUCUACGCUCCUCCCCCUCCCCCUGCGCCCACCAGCGAGGCGCCCAAGCCCACCACCACCAUGGUCUACCAGCCCGCUCCCCAGAAGCCCACCACCUACGACGCUCCUCCUCCCCCUGCUCCCACCAGCGAGGCUCCCAAGCCAACCACCACCCCCGCUGCUCCCGCUCCCGCUCCUUCCAGCGGUGGAUACAUGGGCAUUGUCGAGGAGGCGCGUGCCAAGCUCGGCAUGAAGUCUCUCGAGUGCGACUCCAAGCUCGAGUCCAACGCCAUGAACGUCGUUGUUGAGGGCAACGGUGUCAUGAAGCACAAGCUUAACCCCGGCACUUACGGCCAGGUUCUUGCCCCCGGCAAGCCCGACAUGGAGUCCUUCGACCACGUCUUCUACGGUGGAUGGCUCUGCGAGAUCCCCAGCCUGCCCGGUCUUGAGGAUGUCUGCGGCAGCGCGUCCAAGGGCUGGAACUACGAGGGUCAGACCGGCCACGCUGAGAUCCUCACCUCCGACCAGUACACCAAGAUUGGUUGUGCUAACCACGAGGGUAUCUGGUGCUGCGACCUUGCAUAA